AAGUCUACAAAUAGAAGAGCUCCAUCAGGGUGAACUGAAGUUAUCCUAAGGAAAAAUUUCAUUGCAUGGAUUGUGUAAACUCACUGAGGCUGAAGUAAAGCUGGAAAGGAAUCCACAAGUGAAUAAAACAAGAAGUUUGGAAUUGGAUUUGGGGAACCUGGGCUUGGAAAUGCCUCAGCCCAGUGUGAGUGGAAUGGACCCUCCUUUUGGGGACGCCUUUCGGAGCCAUGUGUUUUCAGAGCAGACUCUGAUGAGCACGGAUCUCUUGGCAAGCAGUUCAGAUCCAGACUUCAUGUAUGAACUGGACAGAGAAAUGGACUAUCAGCAAAGCUCCAGAGACAACUUCCUUUCAAUGGAGGACUGCAAAGACCUCGAGAACUUGGAGUCUUUUACCGACAUCCUGGACAAAGAAGCUGCUCUCACCUCAAAGUGGGAGCAGUGGGACACCUACUGUGAAGACUUAACUAAGUACACUAAAUUAACCAGCUGUGACAUCUGGGGAACAAAAGAGGUGGAUUACCUGGGCCUUGAUGACUUUUCAAGCCCAUACCAAGAUGAAGAGGUGAUAAGCAAAACACCAACACUGGCUCAGCUCAACAGUGAGGACUCCCAGCCUGUUUCCGAUUCACUCUAUUACCCUGAUUUACUCCUUAGUGUGAAACAAAACCCUUUAAAUUCGCUGUUACCUGGCAAAAAAAUUGCCACCAGAGCAGCAGCCCCAGUCUGUUCCUCCAAGAAUGUUCAGGCUGAGGCACCUUUGUCGGACUGUGUUCAGAAGGCGAGCAAACCUGCAAGUCAGCCUGCUUCCAGUACACAAAUCAUGGUGAAGACCAAUGUGUACAAUAACGAAAAGGUGAACAUUCACGUUGAAUGUAAAGACUAUGUUAAAAAGGCAAAAGUAAAGAUCAAUCCUUUACCACAGAGCAGACCAGUGCUGAGCCAGACACAUGCUGAUGCAGCAAAGGAAAACACCUGCUAUUGUGGUGCUGUAGCAAAGAGACAAGAAAGAAAAGGAAUCGAGUCCCCGCACAGUCACAGUACGCCUCCUGUUCUGCCUUUUAAAGAGACUCAAGAACUGCUCCUGAGUCCACCCCAGGAAAGUCCAGGGCUUAUUGUGGGAGAGAGCAGUCUUUCUGCCAGCACAUCAGUGUCAGAUUCUUCACAGAAGAAAGAAGAGCACAACUACUCUCUUUUUGUAACAGACAGUUUGGGUGAACAGUCGGCCAAAGGAGACCCUGAGGAGGAUGAGGAUGAUGAGGAUGAUAUUGAAGAUGAGGACCAUGAUGAAGGAUUUGGCAGUGAGCACGAGCUCUCUGAAAAUGAUGAUGAGGAAGAAGAUUACGAGGAUGAUAAAGAUGAUGACAUCAGCGAUACUUUCUCAGAACCAGCACUAACACUUAGUGGGUCUUCAAAGGAUACUGAAUUCCUCUCUUCCGCAUGUAGAAAUGAAGCCUUAACAACAGAAUUAAGAGCUAACCUUCACCUGGAAGGGUAUGAAAAUGAUUCUGUGGAGGAUUUAAAAGAAAUGACUGCAAUAUCCUCUCGGAAAAGAGGUAAGCGAAGAUAUUUCUGGGAGUACAGCGAGCAACUAACACCAUCGCAACAAGAAAGAAUGCUGAGGCCGUCCGAGUGGAAUCGAGAUACGUUACCAAGUAACAUGUAUCAGAAGAAUGGUCUCCAUCAUGGAAAAUACGCAGCAAAGAAGUCCCGGAGGACUGAUGUAGAAGACCUGACUCCAAACCCCAGGAAACUUCUGCAGAUUGGUAACGAGCUGAGAAAGCUGAAUAAGGUGAUCAGUGACCUGACGCCAGUCAGUGAACUUCCCUUAACUGCCAGACCGAGGUCGAGAAAAGAAAAGAACAAGCUGGCUUCAAGGGCUUGUAGACUAAAAAAGAAAGCCCAGUAUGAAGCCAAUAAAGUAAAACUCUGGGGUCUCAACACGGAAUAUGAUAAUUUACUGUUUGUGAUCAACUCCAUUAAACAAGAAAUAGUUAAUCGGGUGCAGGUACCUAAAGAUGAUAGGGGAGUCAACAUGGAACAGAAGUUGAACAUACUCAUUAAAGACACUCUUGGACUACCUGUAGCUGGACAGACAUCAGAAUUUGUGAAUCAAGUUUUAGAGAAGACUGCAGAAGGAGACCCCACCGGUGGCCUUGUAGGGCUGCGAAUACCAAUGUCAAAAGUUUAA